UCGAAGGUUUUGUGGCUGGGUUGGUGUCCCAGUCCCUCCUCUGGAAGUCCUGGUUGCAGGAAGUGGCCAAUCCAGGCUCUAUAUACCCCAUUACUAGGAGUCUUAACUUAUACAAGGCAUUUCUAUAAGCUAUGUGUGAAAGUGAAGAUCGAUAACCAAAGGCUGACUAACACAGGAAGAGUUCUCAUCACCAGAGGAAAGGGAAGUCUCAGUGACAAGCUGGUCAAAGGAUGGUUGUCUCAAGGGCUCCAGCGCCUGACUCCGCUGGUCAGAUGAUGGUCUGGCUGUUUCCACUUGUCUUCUGCCUUGGCUCAGGGAAUGAAGUUUCACAAAGCACCCAAAGCCCAAAGGUGGUGAAUGGUGUCCUAGGGGGGUCUGCAACUCUUCUUCUGGAGCUUCCUGCAGGAAAGGAGACCAGUGUCAUCGUCUGGCAUCAUGAAGCAGAAGCAUCACAGGUCACUGCAAUCCUUAUCGUCCAGCUAAAUAAGUCUGAAACUCCACACAUCAUCAAAACUAAUCCAAAGGAGGGAGAGCGACUGAGCAUCACCCAGUCCUACUCCUUGCAAGUCAACAACCUCACAAUGGCAGAUGCAGGAGUGUACAAAGCACAGAUAACCACAGAAGACUCUACACAUGACUUCUCUAUUUAUACACUGAGGGUCUUUGAACAACUGAGUAACUUAAAAGUUACCAACCAUACUCGCCUGUUUGAGAAUGGGACCUGUGAGAUCCACCUGACCUGUAUUGUGGAGGAUCCAAAGCAUACUGCCUCAGUUGGGUGGCGGGACUCAGGAAGUAUCUCUUUAGGGAAACCAAAUCUCACUGUCUCCUGGGACCCGAAGAAUUCCAGUGAUCAGAGUUAUACCUGCCAAGCUGAGAACGCUGUCAGUAAUCUGUCCGUCUCUGUCUCUGCCCAGAGUCUUUGCAAAGGUGUUUUACCUAAGAAAAAUCUACAGUGGCAUCAAAUGUUUAUAAUUGUUGGUACUUUGCUGGUUAUGGUCAUUGUGUGCAUAUGCAUGUGUCUUUGGAAGAAAAAAACAGGUUCUCUUUUUUUGGCUAGUCAACAUCCAGAUUCCUCCCAGAACACAGAUUCUCCAGGGUCUCCGGGGAACAAUACUGUGUAUGCACAAGUCACUCAUCCUAUGCAGGAAAUGGAAACCCCAAAAUCUAUAAAAAAUGAUUCUAUGACAAUUUACUCCAUAGUUAAUCAUUCCAGAGAGCCCAUUUCUCCCAGGAUGAAUACUCUUAAGGACAUCUAGUAAGUUGGUGGAGGACUUUAAAGGAAUUCAUAAGGAACGCAUCUACUGACCCUUUAGAAGAGAACAGAAAAGCCUGGUUUCCUACUGGCAAUGGAAUCUGGAUAUCCAGGGUUAUCGUGUCAGACUUGGUCCUGCAUACACAGAUCAGAUGCUUGGAGAGUACCAAGAUCUCCAGUGUGGAAAUUCCAUAACUGCCUUCCAAUCUACUCCAGGACAAAUCCUGUUUUGGAUAACACACCUACAUAUUGUUUUCUCUUUGAUAACUAAACAGAGUUUUGACUAACAGGUUAUAAUUCUGCAGGUAAUUAUUUCUCUCCUUCUAGAAGGCAAGUAGGAGGUAAUUGGUUGGAAAUAGAGUGUGAUGUUUUUGUUUAGUGUGUAGUGUCUGGCGUUGGAUGGGUCCACACUCAUGUCCUACAAAUCAUUUACUAGACAGACAGGCCUCCUGGGAUGUUUCCUGUUAUUGGUGCUUGGAUCUCAUAGCCAAAAAAUAAGAAGAGGACAUUGCUAAAGUCAGGAAUCAAAACCAUCACUGAUUACAGCCUCUCUAUCACCAAGGCCUAUAGCCUCUACCUCCAACGUACAUUAAACAUGUCUAUCUCUUUCCAACUUGUAGAUCAUCAUCCUAAAUCCAACCCUCCCCCAUCUGGAACCUGAAUACACCAACCACCUCUAAAUAUCUCUUCUAGUUUUUCUCUUGUCUCCCUGCAGCCCAUGGCCCAAAAGACAAACAGUAUAGACCAGCUCUUUCUCUGACUUGCUCAUAACCAAGCAGACUCCUCAUGUCACUAUGAGUCUAAGCCAGUCUCCAUGGCCCAGGAAACUCUGCUAGCCUUACUCUCUCCAUUCUCUAUUUGGCCUCUGUGAUCUCUCAGCUCCGCUUUGCAAGAAGAACAUUCUCUAUAUUACAGUGAUUUACAUCUGCCUCAAGGCCCUUCCUGUGCCUGUGGGUUCAUCCUAUUCUUUAUAUUUCUAUUUAAACACUUCAGAUUCUGGAAGAGAUCUUCCCAGGGCACUCUACCUGAAGUAGGUUUCCUUAUUAUUCUCUCAAUCUUCCAUGUUGUUUAUCAUGUCAUUGAAUAUUUAUUUUUAAUAUCUGUUUCCAUCAUUAGAGCAUAAGUUGUUGGGAUCAGAAACAAUAAUUAUUUUAUUGCUGGUACAUUGUGUUAAUUAAUUACAUUGUGUUAAUUAAUACCUAGCACAUUAUAAGUGUUCAAACAGUAUUUUAAUAAAUGAAUGUAUAUGUAA